AAUCCGUAUAUAAUGCCGCCUGUAGACUGCUCGCCAACAGCCCUCGGCUAGCAUCAUCUCGAGGUUCAUAGCCGCGUGUCUAGACGCCGACGUAAAGACUACCUACGUAACCAACAAACCCCCAGCGAUAAGUCACCGACAUGCAACUUUCCAGCGCGCUCUUCUUCGCUAGCCUCGCGGCCACUUUGGUGGCGGCCGCGGAAAAGCCCACCGUGUAUUUGAUCAGGCAUGGUGAAAAGCCCGAGGACGACGACGUGACAGGCUUGAGCAUGGAGGGCGAGCAGCGCGCGCAGUGCCUGCGGGACGUAUUCGGAGCUUCAUCUCAGUACAAUAUUGGAUACAUACUAGCACAGACACCGAAAGAUAAUGGAAAGCGAUCGCGGCCGUACUUGACGGUAAAGCCGCUAGCUGAUGACUUAGGGCUUACCGUAGACACGUCCUGUGACCGGGACGACGCGAAGUGUGUCAAAGAUGCCGUGAAAGACUACGAUGGCGAAGGAAACAUCUUGAUUUGCUGGCAGCACGGCGAGCUAAGCAGCCUCGCCGAGAAAUUGGGCGCCGAUGAUGUCGACGACUAUCCCAGCGAUUCUUAUGAUUUGAUCUGGACUCAGCCCUAUCCCUACAAAGAGAUUACAUCUGUGACAUCUGAGAACUGUCCCGGCUUGGACAAUUAGAACAAGCCUAGUACCGCCUAUCCUGCUUAUUUAGAAUAUACGAACAUGAACCAUAGAUAGCCACGCCCUGAAUACCUCAAAUAGAAAGAAAUCGACAAUAAUCGUGCCUACGUCAAAGUGAUAUAUUUCAGUCUCAAAGUUAACCU